GCCACUUUGACUUUUCUUUUCUUUUCUUGUGAAAUCCAGGUUCAGAUUUGAUUUUUGCUUUUAAUGAUCUACGUGGUUUUGUGGGUCAAUUAUGUUUUUUCCUCCUCCUUUUCGAUUUACGAAAUAUAAUACAAGGCGUGAUUUAGCGUAGCUGGGCGUAAAAUGAUAAGGAAGGGAAAAAGAGAAGAUCUUUAGAACAAAAAAAGGGCUUAUGUUAAAUCUCAGUUACAAUCGUUUGAUCGAUCAAGACAUUCACGUAUCGGCUUUGGAAACCCAAAUUUAUGCCCCUGCGUCCAAAAUAAAAAUAAAAAUGAAUAGUAGAAUUGGGGUCGUGGAGUGGGUGUUAGUUUUUUGUAUGGACUAACAGGAAGAUUUGUCUAAUUUUAGUGUCACUGAAGCUGUUGUGCUGUUACAGAGCAUUGCCGAAUACUGAAAGAUAGGAAUAAUUGUAUUUUCUUUUAAGUAAAAUAAUGCAAGUGCCAUCCAUUGUAACCGGUAGCUCAGUAAGAGGAAGGAGUAUGGCAAAAAAAAACUUCGACUUUUUGUUAAAAUAAGAAUAUACCGAUUCAUCAUAACAAUUGAUUUGCCCAACCCAUUAAUUUUGCACUUCAGUUAGGUGCCAAAAUUUGGAGUAGAGUACAUUUUUCCUUGGUGGGCUACUGACUUGUUUCUCCUAUUCAUUAAAGAAGUACCGGGAGUUGGCAUCCACUUCAAGUAGAUGCUUAAAUAUAAUGUCAGGGGUAGACUGAUUUUUUAACAUGAUUACAGACCUGUAUCUCUCUUGUAAGUUUUGGAUUCAUUUCCUGGCACCGCUUGAAAUAACUAAUUGUGACUUCGUGAGCUUUUCCAUCCAAUUGUUUCCUAGCCUAUACUAAGAGGUAUUGAUCGUUAAGAACUAUGCUUGAAUAUGAUCUUAUACAUACGCUCUGAUAAUUUAACAUCAAGAAAUAGGGUUUGGAGAUCAAGAUAGCGUGGAGAAAAUAUAUCGACUCUUUUUUUAUUGCUGCUUGAUACUAUCUUUCAUGUGGUUCAGCAUAUGUAAAUGUGUUGAGUCUUUGGUUAAGUUGACUAUAUUUUACUAAAUCCUGUAUACCUCCAGCAACAAAAGAUUCAGUGUUUCAUCGAAACUGCUUUUCUCUUCCCAACAAUUCCUUUGAGAUCAGAAAAAGAUUACUGGAAACUUAAAAUGAGUGAGGGUGUAAAGAGAUCCUCUUCAAAUGGCUUUGAGAAGCCUUUGACAACUGAACAGCAGCAGGAAAAGGUUAAUGAGGUGAAAAGGUUGGUGGGGCCGCUGCCAGAGAAGUUGUCUAUUUAUUGCUCCGAUGCUUCAAUUGAAAGGCAUCUAAGGGCACGGAAUUGGAAUGUAAAGAAGGCACUGAAAAUGCUGAAAGAAACCUUAAAAUGGAGAGUAGCAUACAAACCAGAAGAGAUUCGCUGGGAAGAGAUUGCGCAUGAAGCACACACAGGGAAAAUCUACAGAUCAAGUUAUGUUGACAAGCAUGGAAGAACAGUUCUUGUCAUGAGACCUAGUUGCCAGAACUCCAAGUCAAUAAAAGGACAAAUUAAGUAUUUGGUGUAUUGCAUGGAGAAUGCCAUUUUAAAUUUGCCACCAGACCAGGAGCAGAUGGUCUGGCUGAUUGAUUUCAGUGGUUUCAAUUUAUCUCAUAUCUCAUUGAAGGUGACACGCGAAACAGCCCAUGUUUUACAAGACCAUUAUCCGGAACGCCUGGGCCUGGCAAUUCUGUAUAAUCCUCCAAAGUUCUUUGAACCAUUCUGGAUGGUGGCAAAAGCCUUUUUAGAGCCUAAAACUUACAAUAAAGUCAAGUUUGUUUACUCUGAUGAAAUCAACACUAUGAAAAUAGUGGAAGAUCUAUUUGAUAUGGACUAUCUCGAAGCUGCAUUUGGUGGAAAAGAUAGUGUAGGUUUUGAUAUAACUAAGUAUGCGGAGAGGAUGAAGGAGGAUGACAAGAGGAUGCCUUCUUUUUGGACAAGAGCGAGUUCUCCCUCAGCAGCACCACAACCGGACCUGGCACCUGCUACCUUGGACUCACUCAACUUGGACUCAAAUUCUGAUGCUUCUGACGAUGAUAAAACAGAAGGUUCCAUGCCUCAUGGAAUAGAUUCAGAUACUGUUUUCACUGAUGAAAAUACUUUAGUGAUUGGUGGUAAGAAAGAUUCAGAGUCAGAGUCGGAAGAUCCGCAUCGUACUGACGUGAAACCUGAUGACCAAGCACAUGCUUGAAUUUUGCCAAGGCAGAAUGACCUGACAGCGGUUGGUGUAGGGCAGCUGACAGCUGACGUAUCAUUUUAAUUAGAGACUACAAUAUCAAGAUUUUCUAUUAAGUUGUAUUGAUAACAUCAUCGAAUUUAGUGAAUGAUUUUUCAUCACUGAGUUUCAUGAUAUGGCGGUCGGAGCAAGCAUCAAAUGCACUCUUCCAUGUCCCCGUGUAUCUUGAUUCUCCUCAGUUGGUACAAAACUUUUUACCAGGCAUAAGGGCGAGUCUGUUUCUGAAAA